AUGCAGAACGUGUUCAUCGGUAUCGUGACCACGGCCUACGACAAGGCGCGCGCGGGCACUGAGGCGUACCUGGGAACCAACGCUUCCGGCGAGCUGGCCGUGUACGAGGGCUUCCCGCGCUUCCUGGGCCGCAUGAUCGUGUACUCGCUCUACUGCGCCGUGUGGGUGAUCAAGCAGGCGGCGAGCAGAACGGAGCGCUCCUCGCAGCUGGGGAUGAAGCGGAUGAUCUCCGCAAAAACCAAUGCUCGCAAGGCGGCCUGGUCCUGGAGAUCGCGCAAACGAGGGACCGGCGCACAGGACGAGCAGGCCGCGGGUGCUCUGACCGUCGAGCCGCCGGCGACUGACAGCGCCGCGGAGGACGCCAUGCUGUCACCGCGCCCUGACUGGUCUGGGAACCCUGAGGCGAUGGUCGCGCGGGCGUUCGGCAGCAAGCAGGAGAGCGUCGGCACGGCAAAGGUCCACCCGCUCCCGCACAGCGAGAGCUCGAACUUGUCCGCGAGGAAGCUGCGUCGCUUCAUGACUAAGGACCAGCUCAUGGAGGAGAGAUCGAAGAAGCCGUCGUGGUUCUCGUGGAAGGACGGGUUCAAGGCGUUCAUGCUCUGCGCGUCCUCCAAGGCCGGCACUGUGUACGACCUGAUCUCCGCGCCCCACGACACCCCCUACAUCGACAGCAGUGACCGCAUGUACCUCAUUACAGUGGGCGAGCUGACGCGUCUCUUCCGGCGCGAGGACCUCCGCCACCGCCCGCUGUCGUUCUGGGGGUACCGCUGGGAGUACUUCCCUGGAGUCGUGGGCUUCGAGGAGACGCUGCUGCGGCUCCUCGGGACCGCCGAAGUGGACCACAUGCCCCCAGCGCUAGCGCACAUCGCCGAAGGCUCCGGCGCCGGCCCGCCGACGCCCGGACCAGGUCCCAGCUCCAGCUCCAAGGUCGAGCCGGAGUCGCUCCCCGCGACGGGCGAGCCCUCGCGGAAGGAGGGCAGCGUGACGAAGAUUGCGUGGUGA